GCCCAACUCCUGUCAUACUACGUACACGUUUUACAGCCACCCGUUAAACAUCCAGAGCGUUAAAGCUGAAGCAACAACCUGCGGAGUACCUAAAGUACCUACUGAACUAUUCUUGGGAGGUAUAGGGGCCAAGUCGACUUUCAUGUAGCUUCACCAGCACAGCACGGAAACCUCGUUCCCAUAUAGCCUUCUUCUCUCCGACUCUACCCCGUCCCGAGAAUCCUCGCCCCUAAUGCUUCGAGGCUACCCUCGCGAGAGCUGUCAAAAUGUCUGAACCUGUGGUCAAUGGCUCCAGCUCUGGCCCCCCCGAACUCGAUUUGCGUGUCACACAGGCUGCGUUGGCAUCUUCGUCGACUUCCAGCAGAAUCUCCUGCUUGCGCCUCUUGGAUGAAAGGAUCUGCCAAAAGGAAAUCAACCCGUCCCUCACUCCCAAGCUUCUCCAGCUGCUUUUCCAUACUCAUGACCUCUACGUCGACCGUCAGUCAAGACUCGCCGUACAAAAAUGUCUACUCUCUUUGAUAUACGGCGGCCUCGAGUCCGAAUCCCUUCGUCGCUUCGUCGCCAUAUUGAAUGCCGAGUCGCAGAAGCCCGGAAUCGCGCCAGGUAGUGCAUUCGCCCUCGUCGAGUGGUGUAGCAUUCUCAUCCAGGGCCUCGCCGGAUCCCCCACCUGGCGCACCUUGUCAUCCGACGUACUGCUUGCGAACGCAGAUGCCCUGGAAAAGUGCGUCCGAUCGCGUUCGAAGAGCAGCAUCGCCCGUUCCGCCAUUACACUUACUAGGAGAGCGUUCCGCAAACUGCUAUCGGACCGGGAUUUGGAUGCGCUCUCAGACACCAUCCGUGACGCUGUCCAACUUCUCACAGCCAAGGGUUCCCAACCGACCGCCAAGAAUGCCAUCCUUCUCGGAGUCUUAGCUGGUGUUGCCUCGCGGAAACCGGCUGCCAAACCAAUCUUGCAGGACUUGACAAGUUCGUACCUCAGCUUCUACACGAGGGAGAUUGUUGGGUCCCGGUCAGCCGUUCCGGAACACGUGGCCUCUGGGUUGGCUGAUUUCUUCCACGACUUUAUCACCCUCGAACAGUUCGCCAAGGAGGUCGUCCCGCCCUUGGAAAAGGGACUGCUUCGAGCCCCUGAGGUUUUGCUCGGCAGCGUCAUCACUCCCUUAAUCCGCUCUCUCCCCGAAAGUUAUGAUCUCUCCCAGCUUCUGAGUGGCCAUCUCCUGAAGCCACUUCUAUCUCAAGUCAAGUCGAGCAAUGCGGCUAUCCGGACAGGCGCCGUCAAUGCCUUUUCCCUCAUGGUUUCUCGCAGUCACCAGACCGAAGCCGUCGACGCAAUCUUGGAUGAGAUAUUAUUGCCCCUCAAGGGCGGGAAAUUACCUUCCGCAGAUCACAGGAUUCUUCAUUGCGAGAUGCUACAGGCCCUCCCACUGUCCGGGGCCGUUGCUGAGAAGAUCGUCACCGCGCUGGCUGCCGUUACAGCCAAGGAAGGAAGCGAGGCUGCCGUUGGAUCCGAGACUUCAGCCCUCGCUAGCUCGUGCGCCUUCCUCCUCGCGGCAGAUGUUAAGCUAGGUAAGCCUGUGGCCGAUGCCUUCAUUAAAGGCUUGUCGGAUAAGAAGCUCGCACAUCGCCGUUUCUGGAUACUGCGCACUGGACAAGUCCUGGACACCACCCGGACCGGAAACGUACCACCUGCACUAUCCGAGUUCGCAGAGGCCGUUCUCCCAAAGCUCAUCGACACGUACCAUGAAGUGGUUGCCAACUCUACUCUGGCAGCCCAGAACAACAUCACCAUCGGCGCGUACGUUGUCGUGGCUCUUGCACCAUCGUACCAGAACGGCGCCUCGGAUAAAGUCAAGACCGCGUUGGCCAGCUUGUCGAUUCCGCAACAAUGCCUCACGUUGGACCCUAAGCCCUCCUUUCUCUUAAAUCCUCGCGUCUUCGGCAAACUGGCCGCGGAGGAGGAUUUCUCUUGGAUGUGCAGGGCCGUCAGGUCCGUGGCCCCAUUCAUUCUUGCUUCGACGCCAAACCCCAUCCGGGUUGCCUGGGCGGAGGCGUUCAUGUACUUGAUCUGCUCCUCCGUCGUUACGCCUCAAUUUCGACAGCGGGCCUGGAGGAGCCUUUCCAAUGCCUAUGUGUCUAGUCCCGUCGGCGUUUCCGAGGCUGUGAUCGAUGCUUCGUGGCACUGGCUUGCCGCGGUCGAGACUGGCGAAAAGGACACGGCUGCCGCAGUUGCGAAGACGGGAGACCGCCACAUCCACCUGGUGCUAAGAGCCAUCUGCUUGACGCCAAAAGAGUGGGCCGAGGAAGGUCAAACUCUUGACGACGAGCAGCUGGAGCGCCAGCUAUGCGCAUUGCUCGUUCUCGCUCGGCCGGAUCUGGUUCCACGCGCCAGUUGGAUAGAUUUCUGCUUGCGGACUGAAAAGGACCCAGGGAAGCUCGCCGGCAAGUACGGAGAUGCGCUCAUCGACGAGAUACUCGGCAAAACCACCGUCCAGCAAACCUCAGACCCGGUGAGAAGAGCAGCAUAUAACGCAGCUGCCGAACUGGCGUUUAUUGCCCCCGAGGAAAUGACACCCAGAGUCGUCAAGGUUAUCCAGCACGACCUAGCAACGGAGGGAUUCGAAAAUAUAGGCCCUCUAGAGGCCGCGAUUUCCCGCACGCCGGAAGGGACCACAUUUGUAGACGUCCUUUCGAAGAAAUCGCAGAACGCCCUUCCCGACAAGAAUGACAAAGACUACGACAUCCUGAAAUGGGAAGCCGAAUUGAGAACCCAGCUGGCAGAGAAGAAGGGCCAGCAGAAGAAGCUUACCGCAGACGAGAAGGCCAAAGUCAACGCCCAGCUCAAGAAAGAAGCAGGGAUUCGCCAAUCGGUGCGAUGGAUAGAAGCUAGACUUCUUCGAGGCUUUGGCAUUAUCCGAAGCCUGGCAACUGGGCCCCCGACUGAGGCCGUCCUGUGGACUGGCCCUGUCGUCAGAGCCCUCCUUGACGUUAUAGACGCAGGCUCCAGUCUUCUUACGGGAAAUGAGGCGGCCGUUGCCUUCCUCACUUGCUCCGAGAGACUAUCCCAUCGCCUCGGGCCUAUGCGGCCCUUCGUGGGCGCGGCUGCACUUCGUGCCCGGGGUGUCACCGCCCUACCCGAAUCAUAUCAAGAAGAGCCCGUUGGGGAUUUGGUAGCCAGGGUGCUAUACCGUCUGCGCUUUGCGGCGGAGCAGCGGCCCUUCGACACCGUUUCGCUCAUCUACAUCCUGCCGCUCAUCUUUGCCGUGCUUGACACAGGUGGCCUCGGUUCGACUACAGACGAUCGGGACACGCAGUUAGUCCUGGUAUUCGAGUUCCUCGGCUUUCAUACCCAUGGUCUCGCGGACGAAUCGACACCGAGAGCUGAAGUCUUGUCUGUUUUGAUUUCGUCCAUGCAACAGUACACGCAACUUUUCAAGGUCAUUAAAGACUGCUUCACCGAUGCAUGUCGAUGCAUAGCCCCCAAUAUUUCUCAUGCUGAGGUUGGCGUCCUGGCUCGAGGCUGUCUCGUACCCCAAGUCCCCGUAAGGACCGCUGUACUCCAGUCCAUCUGCGCAGAUGUCGAUAUGAGCGAGGGAAUAUUUUCGGCCGAGAUUUGGCUUGCUUGCCACGACGAUGUGCCGGACAAUGCCGAGCUUGCCCGCGAGAUCUGGGAGGAGGGCUUUGAGAUUGCCGAAGACCUUGGUUUUCAAAUGCUGCCCUAUCUAUCCAGCAAGGAUCCACAGCUGCGGCGGGCUGCGGCGCGGUCAGUGGCUGAAGCCUGCGACACUCAUCGUUCCGCCAUUGACCUUAUGAUCACAAAGCUGAAAGACAUCUAUGCCGAGCUCGCCAAACCUGCUGUGCAGCUGCUGGAUGAGUAUGGAAUGUUCAAGAAGAUGGAUCUUUCUGACCCGUGGUAUGGACGCCAUGGCGUAGGGUCGGCUUUUAAGGAGCUCGCGCCUUUGUUGGCAAAGGAACAACUCGCCACAUUCUUCGAUUUCUUGAUCGCCGGAGGUCCGCUCGGCGACCAAAACGCAUCCGUACGCGAAGCCAUGCUCAGCGCAGCAAUAGAGGCCAUCGACGUGCACGGUAAGAUCAUCGUGGACCGGCUGAUGGAGGUUUUCGAGAAGACGCUGGAGAGCCCAAGUCGAGACACCGAAGCCUCCGACAGAGUUAAUGAAGCCGUGGUCAUCAUGUACGGCGCUCUGGGUAAACAUCUCGAGAAGGGCGAUUCGAAGAUCCCCGUGGUCAUUCAACGACUGCUGGCCACCUUGAGCACGCCAUCUGAAACUGUUCAGUACGCGAUUGCUGAAUGCCUCCCUCCACUGAUCAAAUCACGGGGCGACCAGGCUUCCCAGUACUUCCAGCAGGUCCUUGAGACUCUGCUCACUUCCAAGAAGUACCCUGAGCAAAGAGGAGCGGCAUACGGACUAGCCGGCUUAGUACGGGGACGCGGUAUAUCGUCUCUCAAGGACUACCGCAUCUUGACGACGAUCAAGGGGGCCAUAGAGAACAAGAAGGAUGCGAACCAACGAGAAUCUGGGCUGAUGGCAUAUGAACUCCUCUCGUCUCUUCUCGGUCGAAUCUUCGAGCCCUACGUCAUUCAGAUCGUUCCUCAGCUGCUUACGGGUUUCGGCGACGGCAAUGCAAAUGUUCGAGAAGCGUGCCUUGCUGCCGCCAAGUCCUGCUUUGCCACGCUGAGCUCGUAUGGUGUCAAGCAAAUCCUCCCAACGCUGCUUAGCGGUCUUGACGACCAGCAGUGGCGGAGCAAAAAGGGUGCCUGCGACCUCCUGGGUGCCAUGGCUUACCUUGACCCCCAGCAGUUGGCCCUAAGCCUUCCGGACAUUAUCCCUCCCCUGACCGCGGUGCUCAACGAUAGUCACAAGGAAGUUCGAGCCGCAGGCAACAAGAGCUUGAAGCGAUUCGGCGAAGUCAUCAAUAACCCAGAAGUCAAGGGCCUGGUCGACAUUCUCUUGAAGGCUCUGAGCGACCCUACCAAGUACACCGACGAUGCCCUUGACUCUCUGAUCAAAGUCCAGUUCGUUCAUUAUCUCGAUGCACCAUCUCUUGCACUUGUUACUCGCAUUCUACAGCGCGGUCUGGGGGAAAGGUCCAACACGAAGCGCAAGGCUGCCCAGGUCAUUGGCAGUCUAGCCCACUUGACCGAGAGGAAAGACCUGAUUGCCCAUCUUCCGGUCCUUGUGGCCGGACUGAAGCUUGCCAUCGUCGACCCAGUUCCGACAACACGAGCAACGGCGUCCAGAGCUCUCGGUUCACUCGUGGAGAAGUUGGGAGAGGAAUCGUUGCCUGACCUGAUUCCCGGUCUGAUGCAGACACUCAGAGAGGACACGGGAGCGGGAGACCGUCUAGGGUCGGCUCAGGCACUCAGCGAGGUCCUCGCCGGUCUUGGGACGACCAGAUUGGAAGAGACACUGCCCACAAUACUGCAGAAUGUCGAGUCGCCCAAGCCCAGCGUUCGGGAGGGCUUCAUGUCGCUUUUCAUAUUCCUUCCCGUAUGCUUUGGCAACAGCUUUGCCAGCUACCUCGGACGAAUCAUCCCCCCUAUUCUAUCAGGUCUCGCCGAUGACGUCGAAUCGAUCCGUGAGACAGCGCUUCGUGCUGGCCGUCUGCUCGUCAAGAACUUUGCAAUGAGGGCCGUGGAUCUAUUGCUGCCGGAGCUUGAACGAGGCCUGGCCGAUGACAGCUACCGCAUCCGCCUCAGCUCUGUCGAGCUUGUCGGCGAUCUGCUCUUCAAUCUCACCGGAAUCAGCGGAAACGCGGAGCCUGAAGACGAGGAGGAGAUGGCCAAGGAAGCUGGCGCAUCGCUUCGUGAGGUGCUUGGGGAUGACAAGCGUAACAGAAUCCUCUCCGCCCUUUAUGUUUGCCGGUGCGAUACCGCGGGCGCCGUUCGCUCCGCCGCCAUCAGCGUGUGGAAGGCCCUCGUCUCCAGUCCCCGCACGCUCAAGGAGCUCGUGCCUACCCUUACGCAGCUACUCAUUCGUCGGCUUGGCAGCUCGAAUAUGGAGCACAAGGUCAUCGCCAGCAACGCCCUUGGAGAGCUGAUCCGCAAAGCUGGGGAUGGUGUCUUAUCGACCCUCCUGCCGACGUUGGAGGAUGGCCUUCAGACCUCGACAGAUACGGAUUCCAAGCAAGGCAUCUGUCUCGCACUCAAAGAGCUCAUUUCAUCUGCGUCCGAGGAAGCGUUGGAAGAUCACGAGAAGACUCUCAUAUCCGUCGUUCGGACCGCGCUAAUCGACUCCGACGCCGGUGUGCGUGAAGCCGCCGCUGAAGCUUUCGAUUCAUUACAGCAAAUCCUCGGCAAGAAGGCUGUGGAUCAGGUGCUGCCGUAUCUCCUCAACCUGCUGCGUUCCGAAGACAAGGCCGACAACGCGUUGCAUGCCCUCCUCACUCUCCUGACGGAAACUACCCGCUCAAACGUCAUUCUACCCAACCUGAUCCCUACUCUCAUCACCCCUCCUAUCACUUCAUUUGAUGCCAAGGCUCUCGCUUCCCUGUCGAAGGUCGCUGGAGCUGCCAUGAACAGACGACUGCCCAACAUUAUCAACUCCCUCCUUGAUAAUAUUAUCAACUGUGAGGACGAGACUUUGAGAAGGGAGCUUGAGGACUCGUUCGACACAGUCGUGCUCUCGAUUGACGAGUAUGACGGACUCAAUACCACGAUGAACGUGCUGCUCCAGCUCACCAGGCACGAAGACCACAAGCGGCGGGCAACCGUUGGUCAACGUCUGGCAAAGUUCUUCGCCGCUGGCGAGGUAGAUUAUUCCAGAUACAAUCCGGACAUUGUUCGGUCUCUUCUUCUGUCAUUCGAUGAUCGAGACUUGGAUGUUGUGAAGUCUUCGUGGUCCGCUCUGAGCGAGUUCACAAAGAAGCUGAAGAAGGAAGAGAUGGAGGCCCUCGUGCCGUCCACUCGUCAGGCACUGCAGCAAGUCGGGAUCCCAGGAACGAAUCUACAGGGCUUCGAACUUCCCAAGGGCAUCAACGCCAUUUUGCCAAUCUUCUUGCAGGGGUUGAUGAACGGCACUCCAGAGCAGCGAACCCAAGCUGCGUUGGCCAUAUCUGACAUUGUCGACCGAACGAGCGAGCAAUCCCUCAAGCCGUUUGUUACUCAGAUCACCGGUCCGCUCAUCCGCGUGGUGUCAGAACGAUCCACCGAAGUCAAAUCUGCUAUCCUGCUUACUCUCAACAACCUGCUUGAGAAGAUGCCCAUCGCCUUGAAACCUUUCCUGCCCCAGCUGCAACGCACGUUCGCGAAAUCCCUUGCCGACACGACGAGUGAACUGCUUCGAGCCAGGGCAGCCAAGGCACUGGGCACCCUCAUCAAGUACACACCGCGCAUCGACCCGCUCAUUGCGGAGCUUGUGACCGGUUGCAAGACGUCUGAUCAGGGGGUCAAGAAGGCUAUGCUCAGUGCAUUGUACGAGGUCAUCAGCAAGGCAGGCGCCAAUAUGGCAGAAACAUCCCGUACGGCUGUAUUGGGGAUUAUUGAUCUGGAUACGCACGAGAACGAUACUGCCAUGACAGCCACGAACGCCAAGUUGUUGGGAGCCUUGAUCAAGAAUGUGCCCGAGGAAUCAGCUACCGCACUCUUGAAGAGUCGAGUCGUCACAAGCCACAUCAGCAGCUCGUCUGUUCUCGCCCUCAACGCCGUCCUAGUAGAAUCACCGGAGAGCUUGUUAGGGAGUCCCCUGGCCGAGGAGCUACCAGACCUGCUCUGCCAGGGAAUGUCAAGCAAGAAUACCUUCAUCGUGGACAAUUGCAUUCUCGGCACAGCAAAAUACCUUCUGUCGGAUUUCCCCAAGUCGUUCGAGUCGAGCAGAAAGAUCUUCGAAAUGAUCGCUAGCAUUAUCCAGCCAGGCCAGCCCACCGACUCGCGACGUCUAGCCCUCGUCGUGGUCCGAACCAUGAGCCGGGUCAAAGCGGACAUGGUUCGACCACACCUACAAAUACUCGCACCUCCCGUAUUUGCUAGCGUCCGCGACCUGGUAAUCCCAGUGAAGCUUGCUGCCGAAGCUGCGUUUGUCAGUCUGUUCAAUGUCGCAGACGAGGAAAGCAAGGUGUUUGAUAAGUUCAUCGAAGGAGCGGACCUGCCACCGAACACGAAGAGGAGCAUGCAGGACUAUUUCAAGCGGGUAGCGUUGAGGUUAGGAGCACAGGCACGGGAGAGAAGGGACGCGGAGGGUGGACAGGGUAGCUUGGGUCUGUCCAAUGACGAGGUUGAAGACGAAAAAGAGAUAUGGAGUGUUGGUAAGGUGGAGACUGGAGAUGACAUUUUUGCUGAGUGAAGGACGAUCACUUUGGUCUGGGAUUAAAAAGCGGCUUUUCAAGCGACGUCGGUCAAGCCAGCCAAGGUACCUAGGUAGGCGCCUCCCUGCCUGGGCUAGAUAUAUACAAGUGAAUAACUUUGGUAUGCACCUGCUAUGAUACAACACUUGGGAUAGCACCAGGUGAGGCGAGGGAUUCGAGCCCAAUUAGUAAGGCAAGUUGGCUCCAAAAAAAUCCUGACUCAUCGGCCGUUGUUCAUGUCGUCAAGAGUCGUCAGAGGGCGGCGAAAAACGGUACCAAUUGUCACGUGAUAUCUCGCUUAGAAGCAAAUCAGGUUUAGCC